CUCCCGGAGAUCUUCUCUAGGGUUUGUUUCCGGCGAUGGCGUCUGAGAAGCGGCAACUGCAGGAGAAUUCGGUGAUACAAGUGUUUGGAUUUGGGCGGUCCUGGUCAUUUGUGAGUGGCGCCACUGCGGGAGAAGCCACCGACUUCGUGGCCCGUAGGCACAACAGAGCAGUGGAGGACGUAGCGAUGGAGGACAUUUCCUCGUCAUCAGGAGGAGUGAUACUAGUCCGUGGGACGCAGCUAGUUGCAGGGCGCAGGUACGUUUUCAUCCCCGUCGUCAAGCCCGUCACUGCUCCUAAACGAACGUUCGCAGUCGGGGGUAUUGCUGAUCCUGAGAAGCACUACUAUUUGGCUCCAGACGUGGCCCUGCUGGUUUCCAAGCUCAAAGGUGGCAGAUACUGCGUUCUCACAGGUGCUCGUCAAACUGGGAAGAGCACAAUGGCGAUGGCUUGCAAGGCGCAGCUGUCAAUGGAACCAGGCUUCUGUGUUGUCUACUUGGACAAGGUGAAUGCAGAUGGAAUGACGAGCAAGAGUAUGUUCUGGGGUCUGCUCUGGGAUCAUCUGCAUGGCAAGUGUAGCCUGUUGUUUCCGGCCAAGCCUUCGGGAGAGCAGAUAUUCACUGAGUGGAAUUUCAAGUCGCUGUUUCUCAAGCAGAAUCUGCCCCUCAAGGUGAUCCUGAUUGUGGACGAGGCUGAUACGUUGCUGAGCGCUCCGCCUGACUUCCUUGGCGAUUUAUUCAGCACUCUCAAGGGAAUGAGAGACGACACAGACUACAACUUUAACGGUAUCUUACUCGUUGGAGUUGAGACGGUCAAGGACUUCCUGGCACAGCAGCGUGAUCAUCGACGGAAUACUGCUGCUGAACAGAACAUCGUCUAUACAGAGAGUCCUUCCCCCAGCAGGUACUCACCAUUUUCACAUAGUUUCCUCGCGCAGCCAGGGAGGUUUGGAGUGGAACAUGUGGAAGAUCUGCUUCGGCAAGCAGAAUCUGAGCGACCAGGAGUAAAAAUCGCAGUGGAAAGAAUUGCUACCUCUGUUAUAGAGUUGACGGGUGGUCACAAAGGCCUAGUUGGUUCGUGCUUGGACUACUUAGUGAAUAAUGAGCUGUGGAAUAGCAGGCAGUGGAUCGAGGAAGCAGAAUCUGGCCAGCUUGUGAACUAUGUCUUUGGGCAGCAAACUUUUGGUCGGAUUCUCAAGUCUUUCAGAAGCCAUGCAGCUGGCAAGUACUUCGACCUGCUUAAAACGUUCCUUGCUGCGAAAAGUCGUCACUGUGACGAAGAAAUGGUGGUGCAACUGCGAAACCUCAUUGCCGAAGGUGUAUUACAUUCACAGCCGGCAGCGGGCGGUGGCUAUGAUGUGCAAAUUUCUUCACCGCUACUACGAGAUGUUAUAUUUCGACGAUGCGUCGUUACAAGCGACAGCGUCAACCCGCCACCAGAUCCUUAUAGGCUUGACCACUUAUGGGUGAUUAUGGAGGCACUUAGGAGCUUCGAUGGGGAAUCAAUGUGCAGGCCAGACUGCUUAAAGGCGACCGGGGAGAUUUCCGAGUACUCGUUCCAGUUUGUGUUGUUUACCAGGCUCAAAGCCAUUUUCAGGCAAGCGUACCCGUUCAUGGACAUUAAGGUCUUACCUGAAUCCAAGCAAGCCGUGGAGUAUUUGGAGAAGCGAGACACUCAGGAACGGGUUGACAUAUUAGUGCGAAACAACAACAAUUUCACAAAGUUCGCGUUUGAGCUAGUUGUCAACGAUGGUGUGGAAGGCCAUCUGUUGAAGGCUGUGCGCUAUGCUUCACAACACAGUGCGCUAGUGUUCGUUAUCAAUUUCACUAUGGAAGAUACACCUGAAAUUCGGAUUCCAGAGCAUGCCUCAGUAGUCUUCGUCUCGGUGCAGUUAAAUCCAAAUGGGAACAAAACAUCAGCUAAAGUGACAAUCGUAGACAUCGAUGGACCUCAACCGGUGAUGCAUUUAGAAUUGACUAAGUGGGAUGGUAAGAUGUCGUUUGAUCACAUAUAAUACGAAGGCAUGCUCGCAAGUUUGACAUUGAAGCAAG